CCCAGUUUUUGUGUGAAACUCCAUUUGACAUGCACGUAGAGUCGUGACAACCUCAGCGUAGCAGUGAAGCGACAUUCCACAACUUGCAACCAGCAUCAUGAGCCGGCUAGAGAACUUCCGAUCUAUCGCAAACCAAGCAGGCCAAACCAUGUACGCAGGCGCCAGUCUUGCCGCCAGUGUCAGCAAGGAGAAGGCGAGCCUCGUGGCUAGCGUAGGCAAGGAGAAGGGGCUCAAAGCGUACUCGCAUGCGGCCGUGGCGGCAUCUGCAGGUCGAACCACGCUGGAAACACGCAUCAAGAAAGUGCAGACGUCGUCGACAUUCAAGACCGUCAAGCAGCGUCUGUGGUCCAAGUCCGGUCGAGCACAACCCGAGGGCGACGAUGUGGUGCCGCCAGUGGCAUUCGCGUCCACAGAGAAGGAGUACUACAAAGUCGAUCCGUCAACCGUGCUAAAGCGAUCGCAAUCCAGCAGAGGAGUCAAAAGCAAGAAGGCCGCGCGGCCCAGCCAAGCAGUGGCUGCAGCGCCUGUUCUGAAGCGAAGUGUGUCGAGUGUCGAGACGGGGUCUGCGGACCUGCGUCGUCGUCAUGGCAGCGGCAGCAAGACUCGAUCCCCACCACAAGAAGUCGAAUUUUAAUUUGCAGCGUAAACCUAUUUUAAUGUCUACAUUGGUGUGUAACUGUCAA